CAGUUGUGCGUUACGUGACCACAGCCUGUAAUGGAUCUUUGGUCUGUAGGUGGUGAAUGUGGGAAGGGGAGGGUUUUAGAAAUGCAGCGACGAGGCAAGACCAAAAGAGAAGCUGAGAAUCCUGUUGUUGCUUGAUGAGGUACGAGAUGUAAGGAGAUGCUGUGGGGCUGUGACAGUCCUAGUCAUGCAAUUUGAGCUCUCUGGUCAGUAAGGUGACAACUCCCAAAAAUAGCACCACUGAGGGUAUAUAGAGAGCGACUUACUGCCCCUUGUCAUUGGAGUUCAUACGACAGAAGAGCCAGCCCGAAGGACCAAUAACCACAGAUACUGUUAGCACAAAAGUGGUUGAAAGUCAUAGAUGUGUGAAGUCCAGGGAACACACCAAUCUUGUGGAUAAGAAGACGGGGGGAAAAAAAGGAUCCUGAGGAUUUUACAGUUCACAGAGCAUAUAUUUUACAGCUAGGUUCUCUAGCUUAGUCACAUGUGGAUUAAGAGUGCACAUUUGCAGAAAAUGAAGUAUUGCAGCCAGUGCCCUGUCUCACGGGCCAUGAGAAACGAGCAUUGCACUCCUAAAGAUUGCAUUGCAAAAACUUGCGGGCACUCUACAGCAUCACUCAAACCAUCCCGCUCUGUGCACUUUCCCAACGACGUUGUCUUUCAAGAUCAUGUCCGGCAGGGAGAUCUGGAACAGAUAGGACGGUUCCUCAGAGCCAGAAAAGUGUGCCUGGACACCAUCUAUCACUCAGGCAUGGCAGCUCUCCAUGAGGCAGUCCUCUCGGGGAACCUGGAGUGCGUGAAACUUUUGGUGAAAUAUGGAGCUGAUAUUCACCAGCAGGAUGAAGAAGGCUGGACACCCCUGCAUAUGGCCUGCAGUGACAGCUUUCCGCAUAUUGCCAAGUACCUACUAUCCUUGGGUGCAAAUCCAGAAGCAUUGAACGAAUGCGGAGAAAAACCGGCAGACCUCAUUGAUCCGGACUGCAAAGAGCUGAUUCAGCUGUUUGAGGUGGGAUGUGACUGAACUCCUGCAAAUGCAACUGAACCAAAACAUCUCCUCUGCCUUCCCAAUAGCUGACGGUGAUGGAGUGACAAGGCAAGACAUGUGGGAUGUCCUCACUCAGUCUCCUCUUUGGAAGCGAUGGUGAAAGGUGACAAUCCAGUCAAAGGAGCUGGACACCUGUCAUGAGAAUUAUGUCAAGAGAGUGGAAAAGCGCUGCUGUGAUUGAUAAUCUUUUGCGCCAAUCAUAGCAAACACUUCUGUCUGUGGAAUGUUGUAUACAUAAUUUCUGUUGUGUGCGAAAAAGAUUCUGAUUAACAUAAGAAUUUUUUGCAGUGCUAUUGAAUUUGAUACAUACAGUACGUGCAUUUGCAGAUAAAGCAUUCUUGACAUGCUGCAGAAAUUUCGCAUUGUAACUGUGGGCUUAUUGAAGUUUGGGCUUUAUAUAUUGAGCACUUUUUCUUCUGUUGUUGAAUGGUAGAGUAUUACUCCAAGCGCCUAAUCAUUUGUAGGGUCUACUGUCAGUCUCUGUGAAAGGUAUAAUAGAAGAAUUCAGCGCAGUGAGAUUUGACAAUGCAAAACAUCAAGGAGAUGCGAUACUAAAUGUAAACCGUGUUUUAAAACGAAUAUUCAGGACAGGCUGUAUUUGUGUUGCGCGGCGGUGCUUUCUCAUCUGUCACUUAGCCUGAGGAGCACAUUAAUAUUUAAAAAUGUAUUCAAAUCACCUUGUUCUGAAGUACUUUUAUCCAAUUUUGUUUCCAUUCAGUCCCGUUGUUGCACUGCUGUUUCCCUAAAAUGUCUUAUGAUAUUAUUGUGUGAAAGUGACAGUGUUCCUGGAAAGUAGUACUCCCAAACUAAGUGU